UGUCAUUCUUGCUUCUAUCACUGCGUCACGAACAUAUUCUAACGUCUAAACCAUGGUCGGCGUGCCCAGGAGUACUGGAUGCGCGACAUGCGUGUCAAGACGCAUCAAGUGUGAUGAAGGACGGCCGACUUGUCAAAAAUGCGAAAAGUCCGGACGCGCAUGUCCGGGUUAUACUCGUGAACUCCAAUUCAGACACAAAACAGUGACAACUGUGUCGAAACGAGAGCGACCGCAGAUGAUCAGUUUCGUGGACACGUCGUCGUCAGGGGAAUCCAGCCGCAGUAACAGCAGUAACUCGAUAGAGAUUCGCAGAGAUUCUGCCGUUGCGACAACACCACCAGAACCGGAGAUAAAGUCACUGCACACACCUCGAGUCGAGCAACUGCAGUGUAUGGCAGCAUUGAUAGAUGGAUUCGCACCACCGUCAGCAGAACCGACCCAAGGACCUUCCAUGAUACGAGACUGGCUUUCCUUUGUCUACUUUCGCAUCGGAUCAACCGCGCCCCUAGAUCUGGCCAUGCGCUCAGUCGCUUGCAUGCAGUUUGGCUUGCGGAGAAAAGACUCGCGAAUGAUCAAUGUCAGUCGAACCUACUAUGGUGGCGCACUCCAAACUUUGCGAAAGGCUCUGAUGGCUCCUGGGACGGUACAAUCAGAUCUACAGAGUACGGUGAUGUUACUCACAUUCUAUGAGCUCAUGUCGAAUCGAAAAGAGGACGAGUGGGUACGGCAUUCUGGCGGCUCUGUCGAGAUGAUGCGAGUACGAGGUCCAAGGGCAUACAGAGACAGGAAGAGCUUCGACUACUCCAUGUAUCUGGUAUGCCGAUAUUACAUCGUCAUGGAAGCCUUUUACAAACGCAAAGCUUGCUUUCUUGACGACCCGGAAUGGAACACCCUGGCCCACGAUCCUGAUUCAGUAGAGGGAGACAUCCGAGAGUCCAUGUUCCGCAUCCACGUCCAGAUACCAGGAUUGAUCCGGAAUGCUCAAAGGACUGCGGUUGGGCAGUACGACGCUUUCGAACUCAUACAGAAGACCGUCGAGCUACGGACGACCGUCAAAAGGCUCUACGACCAAUGGAUAGUAGCCUUGAAAGCCACCGGCGGCAUGCCAAUCGAAAUCCCAGGCGAAGACGAACUGUUUCCCACCGUAUACCAUUUCAACAACCUGGCAGUCCAUGGCUUCAUGUCGCAACACUGUUCGACAAUAAUCCAGCUUAAUUCAGUCCUAAUCCAGUGCGGCCUUCCAGGGAAAGAUGAGUUGAUACAAGAGUGCCGGGAACAGGCCGAGCAGCUCUGCAAAUAUGUGCAAUUCGCACAAGGACGUGUUUUGGGAUCCAUUCUUUUGCAUUUCUGGCUCAUCACAGCAAAAAGGCAUGCCGAAGAGAAAUAUCAGGACUGGAUAACCGCCAAGCAAGCAGCAAUCCAAAGAUGAAGGGCGUUUUCACGACAGCAUCACCAAUCUCAGAACAAAGACAUUUCCACAGAACAUUUUCGAGUUGAUGGAAUUUCUUGGGAAAACAGUCGCAUGACCAGAUUAAAAAGAAAAUAGGGAAUCUCUGUACUCACAAUAUACUACCCAUCCUUCU